CUUCCGUGAGCCGCUUUGACAGGUUCACAGCUUCCAAUCAUGGCGGGGACUUGUAGACUUGGUGCUGUAUUUUCUCAGCGAUUUCGAGGCUCAUUUUGUCGAGGUUUCCUUGUACCAAGCAGAAGAUUCGUUUCCUGCAUAGAUCCAUCCAUUGGACUGAGUGAUGAACAAAAAGAGUUUCAGAAGGUUGCGUUUGAUUUUGCUGCUAGAGAGAUGGCGCCACAUAUGGCUCUGUGGGACGAAAAGGAAAUAUUCCCUGUGGACACCAUGCGUAAAGCUGCGCAGCUUGGGUUUGGCGGGAUUUAUACACAGCCUGAUGUUGGGGGAUCAGGACUGUCUCGCCUGGACACCUCUGUCAUAUUUGAGGCACUUUCUACUGGCUGUGUGAGCACCACUGCAUACAUGAGUAUUCACAAUAUGUGUGUUUGGAUGAUUGAUAAAUUUGGGAAUGAGGAGUUAAGACAUCGGCUCUGUCCGUCUCUCUGUACUAUGGAUACGUUUGCAUCGUACUGUUUAACAGAACCAGGGAGUGGGAGUGAUGCAGCCUCAUUACUGACUUCUGCAAAGAAAGAUGGAGACCAUUACAUUCUUAAUGGGACUAAGGCGUUUAUUAGUGGUGGGGGUGAUACUGAUGUGUACGUAGUGAUGUGCCGCACGGGGGGCAGCGGACCACGGGGAAUCUCCUGUGUGCUGGUUGAGAAAGGGACACCUGGUCUCAGCUUUGGCAAGAAAGAGAAAAAGGUAGGCUGGAACUCACAACCUACAAGAGCUGUCAUAUUUGAGGAUUGUGCCGUUCCUGUGUCAAACCGACUCGGUGACGAAGGUCAAGGAUUUAGCAUUGCGAUGCAAGGCCUUAAUGGAGGGAGAAUAAACAUUGCCUCCUGCUCAUUGGGCGCUGCUCAUGCGUCAGUGCUACUGGCUCGUGAUCAUAUCGCAGUGCGCAAACAGUUUGGGGAACCCCUCUCAAGCAACCAGUACCUACAGUUUCGAUUAGCAGAGAUGGCAACAAAGCUAAUAACUGCGCGACUGAUUGUGCGCCAUGCUGCGCAGGCUCUACAAGAGGGGUAUGGGGAUGCUGCUACUCUCUGUGCUAUGGCAAAGCUACAUGCUACAGACGAAUGCUUCCAGGUUUGUAACCAGGCGCUGCAGAUGCACGGAGGAUAUGGCUACCUGAAAGAUUAUGCAGUGCAGCAGUAUGUCCGAGAUAUCCGUGUUCAUCAGAUCCUUGAAGGGACCAAUGAGGUGAUGAAACUGAUAGUGGCCAGAAGCAUUUUGCAGGGGUAAAACCCAGAAGAAAUGAUUACAACAGUUGAACACAACUAAUGGGAAGAAUCUUUACUGAAAAUAAAAGCACAAUAUGGCGGAACAGUUGCUAGGAAUCUGUGUUCAUGAACUGUAACAAGUGAGAAACAGACCUCGUAUGCCCAGGGUUCAUCUUUUUUUCUACGUUAUGAGAUCUUGGACUCAUUUGCUGACUUUGUAUUAUUUAUACCCAUCGUUGGCCUUGUGGACUCGGUGUUACUUGCUGAAUUAAAUUGGAUAAUAAAGGGUUAUAGUGAUGUGGUUUUAAAUAUUGUUCUAUAUAGAAAUAACAACCUAAUAAAUAAUAAAUACACACAGA